ACAAUAAAUUAAAUAAAUUAAAAGGAAAAAAAAGAAACAAAGAAAAGGAAUAAAGAUAAAAAUCUCUCGCAUUCCUUCAUUGUCUCAGUCUCUUCCUUUCUUCGAUCCUGAAGAAAAAUUAAAUCAGUACUUCUCUCUCUAGUCUUUAGAGAAGAAGAACUGAUUUCUAAAAGAAAAUCAAGGAAGAAGAAGCAGCAGAAGCAAACAGCGUGAAUUUGUAUCUCAAUUCACAUUGAACUAUACUUCAUCAAAAUCCUUUGUGGGGAAUAAAGAACGUUAUUUCGUAUCAAUUUGGAAUUCUAGAGUUUUCAUGAUUUCUUCGAAGUAGAUCUGAAGAUAAACAAAGAUCUACAGUAAGAUUUUAUUUGGAGGUCUUGAAUUUUAGUCAAGCUGGCGGCUACACUAGCUUGGAGGUAUUCUGGCAACAAUGGCAAUGGCCAUGGAGCUAACGAUCCGGAUUCGAAACAUCAAGAAUCGGAACCUCCUACUCCACACUCUGUUAUGAAGAUGAGUUUGAGGGAUCGGACUAGUAGCAAUAUGGAGGAUCCAGAUGGGACAUUGGCAAGUGUUGCACAAUGUAUUGAGCAAUUGCGUCGAAGUUCCUCAGCUGUGCAAGAAAAUGAGAGCGCGUUAAAGCAGUUGCUAGACCUUAUUGAUUCGCGUGAGAACGCUUUCAGUGCCGUUGGAUCUCACUCCCAGGCUGUUCCCAUACUUGUGUCUCUUCUCAGAUCAGGAUCUGUUGGAGUGAAGUUGCAAGCUGCUACAGUUUUGGGUUCUCUUUGUAAGGAGGAUGAACUAAGGGUAAAAGUGUUACUUGGUGGUUGUAUUCCUCCCUUGCUUGGUCUACUCAGGUCAAGUUCCAAGGAGGGCCAAAUUUCAGCGGCAAAGGCUAUUUAUGCUGUUUCUCAAGGUGGUGCUAGGGAUCACGUCGGUUCAAAGAUCUUUUCAACUGAAGGAGUGGUGCCUGCGCUUUGGGAACAGAUAAAAAAUGGGCUCAAGGUCAAGGAUGAAAACUUGGUUGAUAAGCUUUUAACUGGAGCACUGAGAAACCUGUCUACAAGCACUGAGGGUUUCUGGACAGCAACAAUAGAAGCUGGAGGAGUUGAUAUACUCGUCAAGUUGCUUGCCACUGGUCCGUCGAGCACUCAGGCAAAUGUUUGCUUUCUUCUUGGAUGCAUGAUGAUGGAGGAUGCAUCUGUUUGUUCAAAGAUCUUAGCUGCAGAAGCUACCAAGCUACUCCUCAAGUUACUGGGUUCGGGGAAUCAGCCCCCAGUACGGGCAGAAGCUGCAGGUGCUCUAAAAUCUCUCUCUGCUCAGUGCAAGGAAGCAAGUCGGGAGAUAGCUAAUUUAGGUGGAAUACCUGCGUUGAUAAAUGCGACAAUAGCUCCAUCCAAGGAAUUCAUGCAAGGUGAAUAUGCCCAAGCACUGCAGGAGAAUGCAAUGUGUGCCCUAGCGAAUAUAUCUGGUGGUCUGUCAUAUGUCAUUUCAAGCCUGGGUGAGAGCCUUGACGCAUGCACUUCACCUCCUCAGAUUGCCGAUACUCUGGGCGCUUUGGCUUCAGCUUUAAUGAUAUAUGACAACAAAGCAGAAUCUGUCAGAGCAUCGGAUCCUUCCCUUAUUGAGAAGAUAUUAGUUAAACAGUUUAAGCCCCGGUCACAGUUUCUUGUGCAGGAGCGUACAAUAGAAGCCUUAGCCAGUUUGUAUGGCAACCCUAUUCUCUCUCACAAACUUUCAAACUCUGAUGCUAAACGUCUUCUUGUUGGGUUAGUAACGAUGGCGAUCAAUGAGGUUCAGGAUGAGCUGGUAAGGUCUCUUCUGGUGCUUUGUAACAGUGAAGGCAGUCUAUGGCGUGCUCUUCAAGGCCGUGAAGGGGUUCAGCUCUUAAUAUCUCUUCUCGGGCUUUCAUCAGAGCAACAGCAAGAAUGUGCUGUCGCACUUCUUUGUCUUUUAUCCAAUGAAAAUGAUGAAAGUAAGUGGGCUAUCACUGCCGCUGGAGGCAUACCUCCCCUUGUUCAAAUUCUGGAAAUAGGGUCCGUCAAAGCUAAGGAAGAUUCUGCAACAAUCCUUGGAAACCUUUGUAACCAUAGCGAAGAUAUUCGAGCAUGUGUUGAAAGUGCUGAUGCAGUUCCUGCUCUAUUGUGGCUGCUGAAGAAUGGAAGUACUAAUGGGAAAGAAAUUGCAGCGAAUACAUUAAACCAUCUUAUUCAUAAAUCGGAUACAGGGACUAUCAGUCAAUUAACUGCUCUAUUGACGAGUGAUUUACCUGAAUCCAAAGUUUAUGUUUUGGAUGCACUGAAAAGUUUACUUUCAGUUGCACCCCUAAAGGAUAUAUUGCACGAAGGCAGUGCUCCAAAUGAUGCAAUCGAGACAAUGAUUAAAAUUCUCAGUUCUACAAGCGAGGAGACACAAGCUAAGUCAGCGGCUGUUCUAGCCAGACUUUUUGAUAUCAGAAAGGAUCUGCGUGAGAGUAGCAUCGCUGUUAAGACUCUUUGGUCAGCUAUGAAACUCCUAAAUGUGGAAUCUGAAAAGAUCUUAAUGGAGUCCUCUUGCUGCCUUGCCGCUAUUUUUCUUUCAAUUAAACAAAACAGAGAUGUGGCCGCCGCUGCGAGAGAUGCACUGGCUCCAUUGAUUGUGCUAGCUAAUUCUGCAGUUCUAGAAGUUGCAGAACAGGCAACGUGGGCUUUGGCUAAUCUUCUUUUGGAUAAUGAAGUUUCAGAGGAAGCAUUUCCUGAAGAUAUCAUUUUGCCGGUUACCAGGGUUUUGCGUGAAGGAACAAUUGAUGCAAGAGCCCAUGCAGCGGCAGCAAUCGCCCGUCUUCUCCAGUAUCGCACAAUUGAUUUUGCGCUUUCUGAUUGUGUGAACCGUGCUGGAACUGUUCUGGCACUAGUUUCCCUUCUAGAAUCUACAAGUGUUGAAUCUUCAGCCACGUCAGAGGCACUUGAUGCACUUGCAUUAAUAUCAAGGUCCAAAGUAACUAGUGGGCAUGUCAAACCUGCAUGGGCGGUCUUAGCUGAAUUUCCCCUAACCAUAGCUCCAAUAGUUUCAACUAUAGCUGAUGCGACACCUUUGUUACAGGACAAAGCUAUAGAAAUUUUGUCCAGGCUUUGCCGAGAUCAAUCAGUUGUACUGGGAGAUACAAUUUCUAGUAGCUCCGAGUGUAUUUCAUCAAUUGCAAGAAGGGUGAUUAGCUCAAAAAGCAUAAAAGUCAAAGUUGGUGGAACUGCACUUCUGAUUUGUGCUGCCAAAGUUCAACAUCAAAGAGUGGUAGAAGCUCUCAAUGAUUCGAAGUCAUGUGCCUAUCUCAUUCAAUCUCUCGUGGAAAUGCUGCAGACUUCCGCUUUGGUAGUUAAGGGGGAAACUGAAACCCUAGAUGAUAUAUGUAUUUACAGGCACUCUAACGGACAGACUAGGUAUGGCGAGUCUGAGAACAGCACAACAGUUAUUUCUGGUGACAAUGUUGCAAUUUGGUUACUUUCAGUUCUUGCUUGUCAUGAUGACAAAAGUAAAAUUGUCAUUAUGGAGGCCGGAGCAGUUGAAGUUCUUACAGACAAGAUCUCCCACUGUUUUUCACAAGCUAAUCAGUAUGAUUCUAAAGAAGAUGGAAGUACUUGGGUCUGUGCACUAUUGUUUGCUAUUUUAUUUCAAGAUAGGGACAUUAUACGAGCGAACGCAACGAUGAAAUCUGUUCCAGUACUUGCAAACUUGUUGAGGUUCGAGGAGUCAGCUAACAGAUAUUUUGCAGCACAAGCUCUGGCAAGUCUAGUUUGUAACGGUAGCCGAGGAACCCUUCUCACAGUGGCAAACUCAGGAGCUGCAGUUGGGCUUAUUUCUUUGCUUGGAUGUGCUGACAUUGAUAUAAGUGAUCUGUUGGAACUAUCUGAGGAGUUCUGUUUGGUGCGCAACCCGGAGCAAGUUGCUCUGGAGAGAUUAUUUAGGGUUGAUGAUAUCAGAGUUGGGGCUACUUCUCGUAAGGCAAUACCUGCCCUUGUUGAUCUCCUCAAACCAAUUCCAGAUCGUCCAGGGGCACCUUUUCUAGCACUAGGGCUUCUCACUCAGCUCGCUAGAGACACUCCCUCAAACAUGGUUGUAAUGGUAGAAUCAGGGGCUCUAGAGGCAUUAACUAAAUAUCUUUCACUUGGUCCACAAGAUGCUACAGAGGAAGCAGCCACCGAGUUGUUAGGGAUCCUUUUUGGAAGUGCUGAAAUAAGGAGGCAUGAGUCUGCAUUUGGCGCUGUUAAUCAGCUUGUAGCAGUCUUGCGUUUAGGUGGAAGGGGUGCACGUUAUAGUGCUGCCAAGGCGUUGGAGAGCUUAUUUUCUGCAGAUCAUAUAAGGAAUGCGGAGUCUGCACGACAAGCUGUUCAACCACUGGUGGAGAUUCUUAAUACUGGCAUGGAGAGAGAGCAACAUGCUGCCAUUUCAGCUUUGGUUCGGUUACUGUGUGACAGUCCAUCUAAAGCCCUAGCUGUUGCCGACGUCGAAAUGAACGCAGUUGAUGUUCUUUGCCGAAUCCUGUCAUCUAAUUGUUCCAUGGAGCUAAAGGGGGAUGCCGCAGAGUUAUGCUGUGUCCUUUUUGGAAACACACGAAUUAGGUCAACCAUGGCUGCAGCUCGUUGUGUUGAACCUCUGGUCUCCCUUCUUAUAACCGAGUACAGUCCAGCUCAGCAUUCGGUGGUUCGAGCACUUGAUAAGCUACUGGACGAUGAGCAACUGGCUGAACUUGUAGCUGCUCAUGGUGCUGUGAUACCUCUUGUUGGCCUUUUAUUUGGUCGGAAUUAUACUCUUCAUGAGGCCAUUUCAAGAGCUCUUGUGAAGUUAGGAAAAGAUAGACCAGCUUGUAAAAUGGAAAUGGUGAAAGCUGGAGUUAUUGAGAGUGUCUUGGAUAUCCUUCAUGAUGCACCUGAUUUUCUUUGUGCUGUGUUCGCGGAGUUGUUCCGCAUUUUAACAAACAAUAGUAGCAUUGCGAAGGGUCCAUCUGCUGCCAAAGUGGUUGAACCCCUUUUCCAAUUACUAUCAAGACAAGAAUUUGGUCCUGAUGGUCAACAUAGUGCUUUGCAGGUUCUUGUCAAUAUUUUGGAGCAUCCCCAGUGCCGGUCUGAGUAUAGACUUACCCCUCAUCAAGCUAUUGAACCACUCGUCUCUCUGCUUGACUCUCCGAUGUCAGCCGUACAGCAACUGGCCGCUGAGCUUCUCUCACAUCUUCUAAUGGAAGAACAUCUUCAGAAGGACUCGGUAACACAACAAACAAUUGGACCGUUGAUAAGAGUUCUUGGAUCUGGUAUUCAGAUUUUGCAGCAGAGAGCUAUCAAGGCCCUUGUUAGUAUUGCAGUUACUUGGCCUAAUGAAAUCGCAAAAGAAGGUGUCGUCACCGAGCUUUCGAAAGUGGUAUUGCAUGCAGAUCCUCCAUUGCCUCAUGCUUUGUGGGAGUCUGCUGCUUCUGUCUUAGCAAGUAUUUUGCAAUUUAGCUCAGAAUAUUAUUUGGAAGUACCUGUUGCAGUACUGGUUAGAUUACUUCGUUCUGGAACAGAAGGUACAGUUGUUGGUGCACUGAAUGCCCUCCUCGUGUUAGAAAGUGACGAUUCAACUAGUGCUGAAGCAAUGGCUGAAAGUGGUGCAGUAGAGGCUCUUCUAGAACUUCUUAGGUCACACCAAUGUGAGGAAACUGCAGCACGUCUUCUGGAAGUUCUUCUCAACAAUGUGAAGAUCAGAGAAACAAAAGCGGCUAAAUCUGCAAUUUCACCUUUAUCUCAAUAUCUUUUGGAUCCUCAGACUCAAGCUCAGCAAGCAAGGCUGCUUGCAACUCUAGCUCUUGGUGAUUUGUUUCAAAGUGAGGGGCUUGCUAGGUCUACAGAUGCUGUUUCUGCUUGUCGAGCCUUAGUUAAUGUCCUUGAAGACCAACCUACUGAGGAAAUGAAAGUGGUUGCUAUAUGUGCGCUGCAGAACCUUGUAAUGUACAGCAGAUCAAAUAAAAGAGCAGUUGCGGAAGCUGGUGGUGUUCAGGUUGUACUGGAUCUCAUUGGUUCAAGUGAUCCCGAUACAUCAGUUCAGGCAGCAAUGUUUGUGAAACUUCUGUUUUCGAACCAUACCAUUCAAGAGUAUGCUUCCAGUGAAACUGUGAGAGCUAUAACUGCUGCUAUUGAAAAGGAUUUAUGGGCCACUGGAAGUGUAAACGAGGAGUACCUAAAAGCUCUAAAUGCACUGGUGGGUAACUUCCCGCGUUUGAGAGCUACCGAGCCUGCAACACUCAGUAUUCCACAUCUGGUGACAUCGCUCAAGACUGGCUCAGAGGCAACUCAAGAAGCUGCAUUGGACUCACUUUUCCUACUUCGGCAAGCAUGGUCGGCGUGCCCUGCAGAAGUCUCUAAAGUACAGUCAGUAGCUGCAGCUGAGGCAAUUCCGUUGCUUCAAUAUCUAAUCCAAUCUGGCCCGCCUCGUUUCCAGGAAAAAGCUGAGCUUCUUUUGCAGUGUUUGCCUGGCACUUUGACAGUUAUUAUAAAACGUGGUAAUAAUUUGAAGCAAUCAGUUGGAAACCCUAGUGUCUACUGCAAGCUCACACUUGGAAAUACUCCACCAAGGCAGACAAAGGUUGUGUCGACUGGAGCUACUCCGGAGUGGGAUGAGGGUUUCGCAUGGGCAUUUGACGCCCCUCCUAAAGGACAGAAACUACACAUAUCUUGCAAAAACAAGAGCAAAAUCGGAAAGAAAUCAUUUGGGAAGGUAACAAUCCAGAUCGAUCGGGUAGUCAUGCUUGGUGCAGUCGCUGGGGAAUACGUACUGUUGCCUGAAAGCAAAACUGGACCUUCACGAAAUCUGGAAAUCGAAUUCCAAUGGUCCAACAAAUAACAAGCUUUCUUUUAGGUAAAAAGAGAAACAACUAGUAUCUUUAUAUUAGCGGUUGUAAUUUUCAAUUUCAGAGAAAUUUGAGAUGUCUUUACAUAUCCUUUUUGUUAUUAUUCAUGAUGUUGUAUAGAGAUUGCAGUAGGAUGAUAGUUUUGCUUUCUGCAGUCACAAGAACCAGAUAUCAUAUAUUUUUUUUUAGGUCACUGAACACUUUGUGUGUGUGCAGAUUUAUUGUUUUGUAUUUCUUUUACAUUUUUCAUGUAUGGGCGGAGAAAAUAGUCGGAUUGGAGAAAAUGUAGUUCCUUUGUAUUCUUUUUCAUCAAAAGUGUGUAUUCUUCCUGAGAAAAUUAGUCUGUUCAACUCGCUUUCUUUUUUGUUA